AGGAGAGAAGGAGGGUUUACUCAGAAGAAAGAAAGAGGGUUUACUCAGAAGAAAGAAAGAGGGUUUGUCUGAGUUUCUUCAAGAGAGAAAAAAGAAGGAAGAAGAAGAAGGGUUUAUUCAGUAUGGUGUCGAUUCAAUUAAUGGAUCCUAAGGAAGAAGAAUUAGAGACUGAUCAAUGCCUCAAAGAAGUCAGUGACCAAGGAGGAUCGGAAGCUAACUGUGAUGAUGCAUCAGACAUGCCAGAAGAGGUUCACCUCGAGAAGCAUAUUGAGGUUCACCUCUAGAUGCUGAAGGUGAUGAUAGGAAAAUUGUGAAAUCAUUAUGGCUUUUUGACUCUGGGUCUUGCGAGCAUUUUACAGGAGAUUUGAAACUUAUUAAACACAAGGAAGAUUGUGAUAUCUUAGUGGGACUGGCGAAUGGCACUCGUAUGGUUUGUAAAAAGAAGGGCACAGCCAGAGUUAGUUUUUCUAUUAUACCUGUACCCUUCUGUUGAAGAGCUACAAAAGUGCCAUCACCUAAUCUCGUUCUUAGAUCACCUCUUUCCUUAUUUUUAAUAAGUGUCAAAUCUCCUGCAAUAUGCUGACUAGCCCAGAGUCUAUCACCCAUGAUGCUUUCACAAUUUUCCUAUCAUCACCUUCGGCAUCUAGUACCAUCAGACUUUGUUCAUAUAUGAUUAAAGAUUAUACUGGCAAUGGAGAAUACAACAUAGAAGGAUCCGAAAAGGUUGUGGCAAUGGGUCGAAUGUGCAACGGAGUAUACUAUCUCAAAUCAGAGCCGCCACAGAUUCAAACUCGGUCAUCCUUAGCUGGUGAUUCUAAUAAUAACGAAUGGUUAAAGCAACUAAAUACUCCUUUGAAGGAUGCAGACCCAGAGAUUGCUAAAAUUCUUGAUUUUGAGAAAGCUAGUCAAUGGCAGGGAUUUGAAUUGGUGCCUUCUGCGAGUGUCACGUCUACAUCAGUGAUGGAUGUUCUCGGAUCUACUAUGACAAAUAAAUACACAGAGGACUAUCCUGGUGUUGUAUAUGAUGAUGAAGGAAUAACACAAGAUUAUCCUGAUCUUAGUUAUGACAUUGAAGUAAGAGUGACACUCAUUGAAACUCCAAGAUCAAUCGACAAGGCAGAAAGAUUUUGUCAGUUCCGUGCUUUGAGCCUGUUUGGUUUGAACCCUGCUGAAUGGGGAGUUAACGUGCAAUCAAUUUCUCGAUCGACUGCCAUGUUUGAAGUUUAUACCGCACUCCUAACGCCACGAGGGAAAAUUAUGCAUUUUCCAUCGUACGAGACUGCUUCUGAACAUUUUAACAGCCGCCCAUAUAAAUUAGACAGGGCCGGCUACAUUGAAUAUAAUCAGUUGGAGCAGCAAGUUGGUAUGUUUAAGCCAAAUCUAAUAGUUGCUGGUGCAACUGGAUAUCCACGCUCCUUCAAAUACGAACGAAUGCGCACGUUCUGCAACAAGACGAAAGCUUUUCUGGUGGCCGAUGUAUCUGAUAUAGCUGGCUUGAUAGUCGCGGAUCAAAUUUCUUCUCCUUUCAAGCAUGCAGAUGUAGUGAUCAUUUCAACUCAAAGAUCCCUAUGUGGGCCACGUGGAGCCCUGAUCUUUUACAAAAAGGGGCAGAAGUUUAUCAAAAAUGGAAAAGAGCGUACAAUUGAAGACAGCAUCAAUAAAGCUGUCUUUCCAGGAUUUCAAGGUGGUCCCCACAACCAGACGAUCGUGGCCUUAGCAGUGGCACUGAAGCAAGCCAAUACACAGGAGUAUAAAACCUUUCAGGAGCGGAUUGUUAAAAACGCAAGGAAGUUUGCCGAGACUUUAAAAGACUUGGGCUAUAAAAUUGUCACUGAUGGAACUGACAACCAUUUGGUUGUGGUUAACCUGGGAAACAGUGGUAUUGAUGCCCAAAGAGUCCUGAAGAUAAUGGAGGUUGCUUGUAUUACUGCGGAUAGAAACAUGAGUCCUGAUGGGAUUCAAAUGGGAUCUCUUGUCCUCACCUCAAGGGGGUUUAUCGAGGAGGACUUUGUUGCAGUUGCAGGAUUUUUUAACGAAGCAGUGAAACUAGCCUUGAAGAACAGAAGCUCAUGGCACUCAGUGGAUGCACCCAUCAGUGAAGGUUUUCAAGAGCUGAUUCAACAGUUAAAGGACAAGGUUGUGAAAUACGCGGAAAAAUUCCCCCAAGUUGGGAUUAGCAAGAUGAAUGUAUAGAUCCACAGAAGGCGCAGACACUCUAUCCUCUCUCCCUGUCAGUAAUCUUUGGAGGAAUUUCUUUCCUGUUAAAAUAUUACAUUACACAGCUUACAGUAUUCGAUCAAGAAAAUGAUCUCAAAGUCGUUCUCAGGAUUUGAAACUAGGAGUGGCUUGGAAUUGAAUUAUGAUUUUGGGCAUACCAAAAUUUUCUUGAUCUAGGAGUGGCUUGGAAUUGAAUUAUGAUUUUGGGCAUACCAAAAUCUUUCAAGGGAUACCGAAUAGAGACAAAAAAGGGUUAUCAAAUAGCAAAAUCAGAUAACCCCUUAACCCAAAUUUUUUAAAAUGGCAAAUCUACCCUUUACGUAUUAGUGUUAAUUUCACUUCUAUCGUAUGUUUAAUUUCACUUCUAACACACAUGUAUACUUCUAUUGUA